AAGGAGACAUCCGAACCGAGGUGGUAAUGUCUGUAUUACUGGAAACAUCUUUGGGGGAGAUAGUCAUCGACCUCGAGGUGACCAAAGCACCAAAAGCAUGCACAAACUUCCUAAAGCUUUGCAAGAUAAAAUACUACAACUUCGUCCUCUUUCAUAAUGUCCAAAAGAACUUUAUGGCACAAACGGGAGACCCUCUGGGAACGGGGCAAGGCGGUGAGUCUGUCUGGGGGGUCAUCCACGGACCCGCUCGACGUUACUUUAGCCCCGAAAUACAUCCUAAACUUAAGCAUCGCACGAAGGGCACUGUCUCUUUUGCUACGACAGCAGCGGACGAAGCAGGCAUUCCUGUUGCUGGUUCCCAAUUCUUUAUAACUUUAUCAGAAAACCAUUUGGACUACCUGGAUGGGAAACAUGCCGUAUUUGGGAAAGUCGUAGAGGGACUGGAUGUCUUGGACAAGAUCAAUCAGGCGCUUUGCGAUGAGGACGGGCGUCCGUAUCGGGACAUCAGAAUAAAACACACUAUCAUCUUAGAUGAUCCUUUCGACGAUCCUGAAGGCAUAAUAAUACCAGAUCGCUCUCCAGUUCCUACCGAAGAGAUGCUUAAAUCUGGUCGAAUCGGGGAGGAUGAGGAACUGGUUCCCGAUCUGCCUCCAGAAGAGCUCGAGAAGAGACAACGGCAGGAAGAAGCUGCGGCGCGUGCUUUAACUCUGGAAAUGGUGGGCGAUUUGCCCUUUGCUGAGAUCAAACCACCGGAGAAUGUGUUAUUUGUGUGUAAAUUGAAUCCGGUCACUCGAGACGAAGAUUUGGAGCUGAUUUUUUCACGAUUUGGCACCAUUUUGAGCUGCGAGGUGGUGCGGGACAAGAAGUCUGGCGAUUCAUUAUGUUACGCAUUUAUUGAAUUUGACAACAAGGAGUCAUGCGAGGAGGCGUAUUUUAAAAUGGAUAACGUGUUGAUUGAUGACCGGCGUAUCCAUGUUGACUUUUCCCAGAGUGUAUCAAAGUUGCAUCAGGACUUUUUAUUGGCAAAGCGCAACCAAGGGGGCUUUGGAGGAUCCUCUAAUCUAGAGAGACGCACACGCUACAGAGGGGAAGCUGAUCGCGAGGAUGAGGGAUACGAUCUGGUCUUCGAACAUUCGGGAAAUCUCGACGCUGAGAAGCAGCGCCGCGGUCAACGGGAACGAGGCAAUGGGGAACAAGCUGAUGGGGACCGAAGGGGACCAUCACGGGAGCCUCGUAGAGAUACGAGCUAUCAUCGACGAGAGGACUACAAAGAUAGGGACAGGGACAGAGACCGACGGAGUAACCGGGACAGUAGUCAUAGGUAUGAACACCGGGAUAAUCGGCAUGAUCGUGAACGCCGUAGUCGGAGUCCUGAUCACCGUGAGCGGCGUCGUCGAUAGGUGGGGCGUCCAAACAUUCCAUUUAAAAUACCACAAAUACCUAUCGUGAAUAUGUACUUUGCAAUUAAAUAUCGAGCCAUUUUGCUAGCACAGCAAAUAUUGAAUAGUUGA